CGUCGCGGUCGCGUCAUUAAAAAGCGUUCGUGUUUCGAUCCCUAAUAAAAUAAAGUACGGCCCCAAUCAAUAUUCAUAUUGUUAAAUAUACGCGUUUAAUACUAUAAGCAACAUGUUGUGUUAAUACAAUACAGCGCAACAUUGAAAGCCGGCUCAGCGUGUGGUAAUUUGUGAUGAAAUGACGCCGGCAGUCGCACACACACCGAUGCCCUCAACAAGAAUCACAAAUAGCACAAUACAUUUAUCGGAAAGUGUAAUAAUUAAGUAAAAAGUGAGUGCGCGACGAAUUCAAAUCAUUUAAAACAAUUGGAUACCACGAUUAAAUAAAAGGAGCGGAGAAAAGACGCCUAAUUGUUGAUUACGGUGCAAAGGUAAAAAUUACCAAGUUUGAAGGGAAAAUUGAGGAAGGCAAACUGUUCAGCAAAAUGAAGCGGCGCAAUGCAGAUUGUGGUAAAUUACGUCGGCCGAUGAAACGUAACAAAAUCACAGAGGGCAUGUAUAGUAGCACUACUGUUUUAUACAUGAAAUUUCUCAUACUUUGGGCCAUUGUUAUGGUAGCCGACUUUAUGUUUAUGUUUCGAUUUGAGUUUCUAUGGCCGUUCUGGCUAUUGUUGCGAUCCGUUCACGAUUCCUUCAAAUAUAAGGGCCUGGCAUUUUCGGUGUUAUUCGUAUGCAUAGCAAUAACAUCGGAUCUAGUGUGCUUAUUCUUUAUACCCGUGCACUGGCUGCUUUUUGCAGCCAGCACAUAUGUCUGGGUGCAGUAUGUAUGGCAUACAGAUAAAGGUAUUUGUUUACCAACGAUAAUACUCUGGAUGUUGUUUGUCUAUCUGGAGGUUGGCAUACGAUGGAAGGAUAGUCGUCAUAUGCCGCAUUUGGAUCUAUGUCGACCAUUUGCAGCGCAUUGCAUUGGCUACCCUGUUGUCACACUCGGCUUUGGCUUCAAAAGCUAUGUGGGCUAUCGCAUGCGUCAGCGCAAGCAGCGCGAGGUAGCCAAAGAGAAUGAGUUCUACAUGCAACUACUGCAGCAAGCUCUGCCUGCCGAAGAGGCACCUGAGGAUGCACAAACGGCGACCGGAGCAGGAGCAGCGGCAGCUGGCACUGCUGUCCUGGCCAAUGGCAGCGCCACGCAACAUGCUGCACAAGCAACGGUGGCAACUUCGUCCUCAUCCUCGUCUAAUGUUUCAGCAGCUCAGGCGAACGGCAUUUUGGCAACACAAGCGCAACAAACACAUCAUGAACAUCAUCACAGCGGCGGUGGCAGCGGCAACAGUUCCACCGCCAAUAACAAUAACAGCAGCAACAGCAAUCACCAUCAUCAUCACCAUCACAAUAAUAAUAACAACAACCACCAUAGCAAAGAUAACAGUACAAGCGAUAACAGCACAACGGCUGCAUUGACAUCUGCCGCAUCGCCGGCGGCAUCCGCCGUAUCAGCCUCGUCGUCUUCAGCAACGUCCAAGCAGGGGGCGACAACAACUGCAGGUGCCACAUCCACUUCUACUAUUAUGUGUACUAUUCCCACUAUUUCUACUACAAUAAGUUCAACGUCGUCGUCGCCAGAUAAAAGAGAAGACGAGCAGCAACUUCAACGCACAGCACUUUCUUCCAUUGGCAGUGCUCUUCAAAUUUCUAACAGUAAUGGUCAAGGCGACAACAUGACGUCUUUUUCUACUGCCGAGAAGUUGUGCAGUAGCGGCGGCGGCGACAGCGCUGAUGCAACGUCUAAUGGUCACAUUAGCGGAGGAGGUGGCGGCAGCUCAAGAAACCAUCGGCGCUGCAUGGACAAGGACAAACAUCGCAAUAAAAGCGACGCUGAUAAUGAGCACAAUGCGCGACAUAGUGGUAAAAAUAGCAACAACAACAGCAAUCACCAAGGGGAUGGCGGCAGCAAUGUGGCAACAACAACAAGUAGUAACAGUAAGGAGAAGUCAGACUGGGAUAGUAGCAAUGGCAACUAUCAACAACAACAUGGAAUAAAGGAGAAACAUGAUAAAAAAGUACAUAAUGCGGGCUCAAAUGGCAACGUCCUGCAGUUUGAGGGAGAGGAUACGCUAGUUGUAGAGACAGCACCUGUAGUGGUAGAGAAAACAAAGGGUCGUCGAAACCGUGGGAAAAAGGAUAAUGUUUCCAAGGACAAUCAGCAACAGCAGCAGAACAACAAUGGCAACAACCACAACGCUUCAGCAUCAAGCGUCAACAGCAACAGUAACCAUAACAGCAACAUAAACAAUAAUAAUAACGAUGCCAGCUCUGUUUCAUCGUCGGCUAGUUCUACCUCGGCUAGCUCAAGCAAUGCCGCUGCUGCUGCUCUGACUCAAAUAGCCUCAAAGGUUGUAUCGAAAAUCUGUGAAACAUGCCUUAAGCUUGAGGCAGACAUAAAGAAAUAUCGCUCUGAAAUAAGCAACAUGAAACAAAUUGAGAACGAGCUUCGCCAGAAGCUCGAAUCCAACUUGACCACCAAGUCCUGUUUGCAGGCCAAACAAAAGGAAUGCGAUGAGCUGGAGAAACGCAUACAGGAGUUGAACAAUGCACGGCAUUCGGACAUGUUGAGCUUACAGAAUGUGGAACGUCGACUGAACGAGGAGCGAAGACAGAAGCAAUCGCUAGAGGCUCAACUGGGUAACGAGAAGAAAGCUCGCAAAGCAGCCGAGGAGAAGGCAGCGCGUCCUGAGUGCAGUGCCCAGUGCAAGCAGCGGCGCCAGCAGUUGGACGAGGAACUCAAACGCUUGCGUGCCGAGCUAAAACAAGCAGAGGAAGCCAAACAAUUGGCUGUGGAGCAUGGACGCAAGUUCGAGCAAGAGUAUCGCAUGCUGGAGGUCAAGGUCCGCAAUCGCGAGUCCUCGCAACCGGAUGCUGAUAUGUUGAUGAGCGCACUUUCGGCCAUGCAGGACAAGAAUACAACGCUCGAAAAGAACCUGUCAGCAGAGACGAGAGUUAAGCUGGACUUAUUCUCAGCUCUAGGUGUGGCCAAGCGGCAGCUCGAAAUUGCAGACAGUCAUCGACGCUCCAAGGAGGAUGAGGUCAUUGAUCUCAAAGCCAAGAUUGCGCAACUUCUCGCUGUUAUGCCCGAUCCGUUGUGCAUGAGCACAGGUCCCCAUGGACCCAGUGGAGGUAUGUUGCGCAUGAACGACACGCCGCCGUUGCAAACGGGUGGGGGCCCAUCCUCCCCUAUGCUUAGUAGUCUCAACGCUGCACAGGAGUAUCAACAGCAUCAGCAGCAUCAGCAGCACCAGCAGCAUCAACAGCAUCAACAGCAUCAACAACAUCAACAACAGCAGCAGCAACUCCAGCAGCAGCAACUUCAGCAACAACAACUGCAACAGCAGCAACAACUACAGCAGCAGCAGCAGGCGGUGCCAGUCUCGCAGCAGCAAAUUGUACCGGUUAGUGUGGCCACUGCACUGCACGUAGCAGCUGCAAAUGCGGCAGCCAAUGGUGGCGUCUCCACGUUGGAUCCGAACGCCAGCGUGUACACGCCCAAGACAGGCAACAUGAUGGUUGCACCUGUCGGCAUGAAUCCCAACGGCACAGAUGCCUGACGCCAACAGCAAAAGCAGCCGUUGUCGUCGCAACAGUCGUCGUCGUCGGCCGCAUCGCAUAUGCUACUUAGACGACAAGUUUGAGAUUAAUAUACUUUUAACAACAACCAUAAAAGCAACAACAGCAGCAACUGAUGAGCAACUCCAAUUGGACUACAAUAGCCACCAUCAGUUCGCAUAUGAUAUCUAAAUGUCCGUAUUUAAGCAUAAGCAAUUUUAUUUGAGUCCACGGGGCCUCUAAAUACAACAGUAAUCCCCAUUUCCCACUUUCCACAAAAUAUUUACAAUAGUAUGGCACUUACAAAUUUUAAGGCUGCCCACACGUUUAAAGGACAUUAACACUGCCCGUUCAUAGGGAUGGAGUAUUUAAUGCAGAACCACAUUCUGCUAUGACUUUUCGUAAUGAUAAAUAAUGAUGAAACAAUAUGCGUAAUGUGUCAGUAAAGAAGAUUAAUUAUUAAAAUAUGUACAGCUACUGAAAUGAAUACACCAUCAGCAGUUGCAUAUUUCCUAA